CCGGACAUAGCGACUGGGGGCGUAACUCACCAGAGAGAACCAAAUAUUUCUCACAGCUUCUUGGAUUUAACAAACUUUUUUUGGGGGGGGAGCGAACUUUGUGACUUGCGCCCACUUUUUGUCCGUUUCUCUAAAAACAAAGUGGAAUAAAUCUUUUUUUUUUUCUCUCUCUCUCAUGCGGCGCAUGGAAGCUGUCCUCUCGGUGCACAUCUAGUGCGCAUGCGUGAAACACGGGGUAAACAGUGCUGUUUUGGUUACUGGGUUUUAUGGCCAAACGUUCUUGAAAGCCUAAACGGACAUUAAAGUGUACAACGCCCGGAUUUCAGAUGUGUCCCAUGCCGGCCCAAGUGGCCUUUCAGUCCCACGAUGGAUACCGGAAAUCAGAGCUUCAACGACGGAGGAGGAGAACACCGCAGGCGGUCAUCGCAGGAGGAUGGAAGGCUGCAGCCAAAGCCAUUGCUAGCCCACGAGGGUGUGAUGGCAUUGGAUCAGAUGAGGAUAACUGGGAGCUGCAAUGAGUACACAGAAGGACCCACAGUUGCCCCACAAAACCGCCAACAGAAGAGUGAUCCAGUUACGUCACCAUUGUCCAGCAUUCAGCAGGACACCCAGGAAGAGAGGCCCAGUGAUGUUCGGUCCCCCAGCACGGAGCACUCUCAGAGUAGCACCAGGACCGGAGUGCGGAGAACUUGUUCGGCUCAGAGGCUCCUCUGCAUCACGGGAAGCGGUGACCAGAUAAUCAGUACGCAGCCCAAGCCAGCAGCGCUAAUUUCAGAUGAAAAACCUGUAAAUGAAGAGCCGAAGUUGUUGGUGACUGUGCCCGGCAGCGGGGAGUGUAAAUGCGCCGGCACGCGCUCGAAGUGUGAACGUUGCAGUCGCUGCCGCUGCUCCCGAUGCAGGCGCACUCGGGCGCUACCCUCCUGCUGGAUGUGCGGCAGGCGUUGCGUAUGUUCUGCACAGCACGCGGUGGAGUAUUGUACGUGCGUGUGCUGUGUCAAGGGGCUCUUCUACCACUGCUCCGCUGACGACGAAGACACGUGCGCGGACAAGCCAUUCUCUUGCUCGCAGGCGCACUGCUGCAUCCGCUGGACCGCCAUGUCCAUUAUUGCCGUGAUCCUCCCAUGUCUCCUGUGCUACCUUCCAGCUAGAGGAUGCGUCGCUGUGUGCCAGAGUUGCUACGACCGAGCUACGCGGCCCGGCUGCCGGUGCAAAAAUGUAAUCCACUGUGAGGCUGUGAGCAAGCCAACAUAGAAUGUGUUUGCGUGUGAGCGAGUGACUACGUUUACAUGCACAAAUUAAUCAGGUUACGAAAAUUUUUCGGUCUCUCUACAUGCACUGGGUUCAAUGGGUCUUUGGCCAAACGACAAUUCUCACAAAAUGUUAGUGAGAUUUGAGUUUGAGUGAAUAUUUUAGGAUGGAAAAAUGCACUCUUACCUUUGCAGGUGAACUAAAUUUCCUUCUCUAAACUUUUAAAUCCAACUCUUCAGUGUUUCAGUACUUUUUGCACAACUUGCUCCUCUGAACUGUAACACUCACAAUGGGUGUUUGAUCCAUAAAGAAUUUCGAGGACUUCUUCCACUUCUAUGCUUUUCUGUGACUCUUUCAGUCUCUCUGUUGCAACCUGAUGCAGGCACUUUGAUAAUCUAAGAUGAGUUGCCACUUCCCUCUAACAACAUCCUGUUUGAAGCUGCGCAAUGGUCCAGGUACUGUUGAUCAGUUGCUUGUGCGGUCUGCGUCUCAUGAUGUCAAAACAUGAACGGCAUAAUGAAGAGGACUGUGAAAUACUAAGUCUAAAUGUAUUGGUUGAUUCAUGGGUCGAACACUUGUUUUGAAUUUUGGACAGUUAUACAUAUGCAUUCCAAUGUUUAGAGAAAGUCAUGUUACUGGAAGGUCACCUGUAAAGGUUAUAGUGCAGUUUAGGUUCAUCCUGAGGUUUCACCCUAAGGCCAAAUAUAAACUUUUUGUAAGUAAUGUACAUCUCCCUCCAAAGGCGUGGUGACGACGAUUCUCCUUUCAGCUUGUUUUGGUGUGGAAUUUUCAAAAAAGAAGAGGUUGCAUGUACAGGGUUAAACAAGUUUAACCCUGUACAAUAGAAUUCUUACUUUGCUGACAACAUGGAUGUCAAUGUGUAAAUGAUUGUAAGAUAUACAAAGAAAAAAAUAAAUAGAAAUAGAGGCAUAACAAUACAAAAUAAAGGAGUCUAAAGUGGCAGAUCUGUAAAAAAUAAAUAAAUAAAUAAAUAAAGAACUGGAAAACAUGAGAUAUGCUUUAUAUGCAAGUUAUUCCACUAAGGAAAAUAUACAAAUUGUUGUAAUGUCACAAAGCAACAACACCAGGCUGUGCAAGGUCGAAGUGGUGGCAUUUGAGAAAUAUAAAAGAAAAAUUGUUGAUAUGAAUAAAGUCUAAAAUAUAUAAAGUUUGAUUAAAUAGGUACAAUACUGUACUGGAUGAUCUCGACACUCAUCUUCUUCUUCUUCUUUUCCUUUCGGCUUGUCCCUUUAGGGGUCGCCACAGCGCAUCAUCCUAUCUCCUGCAUCCUCCUCUCGAACUGCCAUCAUGUCUUCCCUCACGACAUCCAUCAACCUUCCCUUUGGUCUUCCUCUAGCUCUCUUGCCUGGAAGCUCCAUCCUCACAUCCUUCUACCAAUAUACUCACUAUUUCUUCUCUGGACGUGUCUAAACCAUCCAAGUCUGCUCUCUCUAAUAUUUACUAUUUUUAUAAUAGGAGCCACAGUUGAAAAUGAUUACAUGUUUAUUAGUGUAGUCUUCUAUUCUUUUAUUCAAUAGUGAAUAAAAAAAUGCAGUUUUAGUGUUAAAAUACACCCGUUUGCUUUGUGGAUACACUUUGCAACUUUGCAUCAUGUCGCUUUUUCAAGGUGAUGUUUCAUAGAUGUUCCAUCACUUUUUAUACUUGUUUCUCUUCCAUCAGUAUACUUUAGAAUAUUGACUUCUUUAAUAUGAUGAAGCAUGAAUUAAUUUCCUUGUCUGUGCAAACACGGCCCACACAUGGCUUCCUCUGCUUCUCUUGCGAAUUAAUAUAAAUGUUCCAGUCAGCCACAGAGCACAUGCAUAGAAAGCUGGCGUGGAUAUUCAAUCAUUGGAAGUUUAUACAAACCAGAGGAAUUUGAUUUCUAAUCAAAUAGUAUAGGUGGGUGUUAAUAAUUUUUUUUAAAUUUUGAACAGUCACAUUUAGGUGUUUACAUGUGUUUUAAAAGUGUGGUGUGAAAUUAUUGCGAUAGGCGGUGUUUUUGCACGUGCAUGUACCUAGUGAGUGAAUAUGAGAGUGACUGAAGUCUUAUUCUAGUCAAGUUAUUGAAGUGGGAUAAGAGCGUCUCCAUGCCUUGAAGUUCUGCUGGCCUCGUGGGUGCAUGACAGCAUUUUGAGUCGUACUUGAAAAUAAUACCAAAACAAGCGCUUCACUCUUCUGAAGGCAUACAGACCACGUUUGUGCCUUGCAGAAUUUCUAUUACCCCUGACAAGGAGGUUGCAUGUUUUCAACAAUGGUUGUGUGUUUCUGAGCAGGAUUACACAUAAACUAUGAAAAUGUGUGGAGGGAUUGGACACAGCCCAAGAUAGAAUUAACUACGUUUCAGUGUAAAUCCAAAUACAAGUUAGGAUCCAGCAUUUUUGCAAACAUUUGCCUUGAAUUUCCAUUGCUUGAUGCAUGAAACUUGAUGUCAAAUACAAAAUUGAAGCUGUGCAAUUUGGUGCUGAUCCCAAAUGCACUCAAUGAGUGCCAUUGUAGUUAAAACUUCAAUGAUUUAAUUCUCAGAACAGACUUCUAACAACUAACUGUGUACAUUAGUGAGAUGCUUUAUUUUUGUACAUAGAAUACUUUCAACUGUGACACCUUAUUUUUACAUUCCCUGAAAUGUAGAUUUCAUCACUUCUCAUUUCAGGUCAUUUGGUUCAGAACUAUUGUAAUGCCUUCAGUUUCUACAAUUGUACAGUGACCUAUAAAAAAACAUUUCUUAAUGUGAAUUUUAAAGUAUAUAUUUAUUUUAAGGUUUAUUUUAUAAUGGAAAGUAUUUAUUUGUGUCACUGCUGGAGAAUAGCUGAGUGUCAAUGAAAAGGCAACUGUAUUAACAUUUCAAAUAAAAUAACCUUGAUGU